AUGUAUGUGGCCCCGAAUCCGGUUAUUCGACCAAAAGUAACUCCAGAUCCGGUUGAAGUUGCCGAGGAGACCAGUAGUACCAAUCAGUCUGACUCAGACCUCAUCCCCACCUACACUGUCAGCAUUAUUGGUGACCCACGCUCUGGGAAGUCCUGCUUCUGUAAUCGAUUUGUCUAUUCCCAUCCUGACUGGUACCAAGAGGGUCACCCGUCAGUGCUUAGUGAGGCGGACUUUUGCAAGCCUGUUGUUAACUCCGACCACUGGUUAUAUUGGGGCACUGUUACGCGUCGUCUAGAUGACGGGGCUAGUGUCCGUUUUUGUGUGAUAGAGCAGACCGAAUUUCUCAGUGAUAUUACCUCUCUCCCUUUCUCUUCCAAAAGCCUCUCCAUCUCUUCCAAUUCUUGCACCGCCUCGUACUCUUCUCAUUCAGCCAACCCUAUUACAGUCUCUGGACCCACGAACACCAGUAAUUCAACCCCUAUCCUAUCCAAAGAGUUGCAUUCGUCCGACCGCCUGCAUAAUUAUAUCCUGCGUUGUACUGCAACGAAAAUUUGCUCUCCUGGAAAGUUGCGCUACUACUGCAUCGACCAACUUGGACAUCAAGAACGUUACAAGCAAGAGUGCUUCCCACAUAUGGGUCCUUUUGAGGUCCAUGGGUUUCUAGUCAUCUAUGACGUGAGUCGACGUGCCUCUUGUCAUGAGACACCCGACCUUCAGCAACAACAACUCUCUUUUUUGAUUGAUGUCCUCAGUUUAAUCUCCAAACGCAAAAAACCUGUUGUCGUAGUCGCCGCGAAGCGAGACACCGUUGACGAACAAUGCCUCUCCAGUGUGACUCAGUUCCUACAGAAGUCGGCGGAUUUUCGGAAAAUCCCCAUUGUUGAAGCGUCGGCACACAGGAACAUCAAUGUUGAGCUGGCCUUCUUAACACUGGCUCGGCUGUUGGAGAACAGCGGAAAUAGCAGCAAGUCGCGAUCUUCAAAACUCAAACUGCUCUCUUAUCAAGAAGCAACUAGGGAGCAGGACGAACAUCAGAGGCGUUUGCGAGAGGCCUUUGUGAACAGGGUGUCAUUGUCUCCAGCCGGCUUUCUUACCGACUGGCCCACUUUUCUUUCGCGAUAUAGUCAUCAGGGUGAUGUGGCGAGGUUCAUUGAUCUCUGGGGUUCAGAAGUGGCCAGGGAGACUUUUGAACAAUUUACUGCGCAGCGGAAAACCGAAACAAAGCGGCGACACAUGGCAAAACUGCCUGAGGCGCUCUCAACCAUGCUGCUUUAUGUUGGUCCAGUCACAAAUAGGUCUCCUAAUGAACUUCUUCGGCGUUUGCGUGCGCAUUCCCAUUUUGACCAAUUUUUUGUAAGUGAGGAGAUAUCAGAUGAUAACUUGAUUCAGCGUCCCAGCACACGCCGAAACCUUCAGGAGGAUGAUUCUAGAAUCCCCUUCGCAUUGGCGCUUAAAGAACCGCCAGAUAACGGGGACUCACCUUUCAUGGAGUCUCUAAAGUCACUCAUCUUUGCUGAAGCCUGGGCCACUAAUAUGGCAGUCUUUGAGGAGGCCCUCUUACAGUGGCAGAUCAACAGUAGUGCCAGUGGUUCUUUCGCUUCCAUACUACCUGGCCAGUCAUUUGAUAGCGAACAGCUCUCUCACAUCCAGCCUGGCUCUGUUCUCGGUCAGGAGGAUCAGCUUGAGGUUUACCAAAAGUUUCAAGAGUGUCUUCGACUAAACACUCGCGAGGAAUUCCUCGAUCUGCUACUUGAAAGUCUUCCUCAGUUCAUUCGUGCUGCCUCAGCCUACAUGAAUUGCAUUGGAGAUACCUUUUUUAAGAUGGCGCCGUCACCCUUUCGUCAGGUUCAAGCUGCAACCGCAUCGCAACCUCAUUCCGAGCCAAACCGUAGCCGGCCGAUCUCACCUGCCAGCGAGCCUCUCACCAUCCCUCUUAGAUCAGUACAGCUACCUCCUGCGGACAUUCGACUGUGUGCGGUGCUUGCUCCACCUCGUGGGGCGAAGGAGCAACAGCUGGCGAUGAUAAAAAACUCUAUCGCCUCGGAUAUCCGUUAUCGCGCCAUGGAUUAUAUGCCAAGUGAACGUCAGACUUGCCUCACCAGUAAUCUCGAUAUCCUCUUGCUUCGAGCUUCUCAGCCUGAAGCCUCGCCAUUGCUAUUACCAUCAAGUACGAUUUAUCGGCAUUAUUCUUGUUCCUUCAUGGAUCAACAAGACCCACUUCAACUUACCUUUCCUCUGCCCCACUGUCCGGCUUAUCAGACUGGUCGGUGCAUGGAUACGGUAUUUGAGAGCCUAUGCUCUGGUACAAGGUGGAGUGUGGGGGAGACACAGAAUAGCUUUUCCAGCCAUCUCUCCUGCGUUCUCGGACAGGGAGACAAGCGGUUGUGUGUAGCGGUGUGUGCAGUGUGCACGGACUUGGUGGCUGCCAACGCUGGAAUCAAUCUCUUUCGAGCUGCUGGGUUCGUACCUGAAGGUGCUACUAGUCCCAGUUUGCUUACAUCCUCGCUCUUUCCCUCCUGCGUUACUCAGAACUUGGUCUCUUCGUGGCCCUUGGCUUCAACAAUCCUUACACCGGUGGAUACUUUGGUAGCCUCUGUCAUAGGUGAUUCUGCGAUCUCUCCUGUCUUGGGUACUGUACAGGCAUCAUUUCUCUCGCAUCAUGAGCUUUUAACUUUGGCCACCAAUCCACGUCGAUCGCCGGACGUCUUCGAUGGUGUAGUACUCCUUCUUUCCAUUGAUGAAGGCAUUUCCUCCACUUCCUGUGGUGCAUUUCCCCCUUGCACUUGCGGGAAGGGUGCCGGAGCGACGUACUGCUGUAAAUGUUAUCGCGGCGCUUCUGACUGUUCCCAUACCACUCCACGCCCUCGUAGUCUCUACUCUCGUGCGACUGCAAUCAAAGCGCUUGCUGAACACCUCGCGCCCAUGCCACACCUCAUCAUUUUAGCUAUCAGUGGUAGCAGUACCAUUGCCAGAUUGGAAAUCUGUCAUGGAAGCGCAAGCUCACCAACUCUACUCCUCAACUCAACGGCUGGGUCUUCACCGCAAAGACCGAUUACUGGCACUAGUUUGAGUGACUUUGUGGCUGAGGGCACGAAAUAUUCAACUGGUGAAGACGAAGCCGAAAACGAUAACGUCAAGGGCACACCAAUUCUUGGUGGAGUUUCUCGUUCAGGGACUAAACUUCGGCCUAACUUCGUGCUGGUUACCCUCUAUAUUUCUCCAGAUGCUCUCUCGGACUUUCUCUCUGCUUGCUGGACACGCAAACUAGCCUCUAGUGAGGGUGGGCGUGGGUCAUCCCGAAAGACCAUCUCUCCGAAGACGCGGAACAAUGACGAAAGCAGCUAUGUCACCAUUCAAGAGAGUCGCUUUCAUCCCACGUCUUCUCCAGGUCGUCUUCACAGCCACCAUCGUCGUUGUUGUCAUCGGCACUAUUAUCACAAUCGGCAUCACUUCCACAGGCACCAUCACCGUCAUCACCACUAUCACCACUUUCAUCGAUGUAGUCGACUGUCAACUUCAAAUUCCUCUGGUGGUGAGGCUAUUGCAACUUCAGGGACGUCAUCUACUUUUUCGCUGUCAAGCUCGAACCAUCAUCCUCCGAAACUUACACUCACUCCAGUCCCCUCUGUACCCCCAAAGAGAAGGUAUGGCCGCAGUAGCAGCCUACCACUUCCUUCUGGUGCUUCGCUGAAAUACUCUCGUUUGUUUGGUCGAGGUUCCUUAGAGGCCUCGGGGCUGCGGUCGAGGUCUUUGUGCUAUCGACAAAAUUACUCGAAUUUCGAAGCUCUCUCCUCAAAGCUAGAUAGCUCAUUCGUUUCCAGAGCCAACAACUUUGGUACAAUUGCUGAGGUCACUACAGCCAAAUCCUCCAAUCGAUUGAAUCACCAACUGCAUACGUUGACCUCCACCCUCGAUCCUCUGACCGGAUACUGUUCUUCCAUCGCCUCCUCCUGUUCUCCUUGCCCUGUUGCUUCCUCGUUCCCCUCCUUAGCUCCCUUUGCGUACGAUAAAGCCUCCUCAGCUUCCUCUCCAGAGCCAGCCUUCCUCAAGUUCUCCGAGGGUCUGUCGCCUCUUCCCCCUGAUGACGUUGAUCCUGUUACACCAUUGCAUAUAUUGCCGUUGAUGGAGCGUUGGAUGCGACGCAAGCAAAAUGAGGCGUAUUGGCUACAUGAGCAACGUGAAAGGAAAGACGUAGAAGGGGAGGAUAAAUCGUGGAAUAAAGAGAUCUUCCAUACCACUGACGAUGCCCUUCAGUUUGGUGCUGUCUAUCUUGUUCCCUGUCCGCACAUCCACCGGUUUACAAGUAAUCCACCACCGAACCCACAGGAGCAAACGGCUCUAAGCGUCUCUCAUUCCUCCAUGAGCAAACAACAUCCCUUUGGAAAAAAGAGCCUUGAUUUGGGAUUGGCCAAUAGAGGUGGUCCGAAUUCACACCACCACGGCCACAACCAUCAGCACCAGACGAAUUCAGGAGGCUCUGCUUUCACAACGACAUCAGCAACGUGUGGCGGUGUAUCCUCCUUCCUCACUUCUGGUAUCCGUGCUGUUACCAGCGGUUUUAGUCGUCCUCGCGAGCGCCGUCGCUCCAUUAGUACGCCCUGUGGCGGUGAGGCCUUCACUUCUACUACUGCCGGCGGGAUGAUGGUGGUUGGCGGAGGUGUUGCCCCCGUCAUAUCGGCCUCCAACACACCAUCUUCCUCCACACCUGGCUCUUCACGAGCUGCAGACUUGAGUCUAGCAUGCAUGCUGCCUGGCUCAGAACCUCCUCUGCGCACAGGCAUUGGCAUUGGUGGUAGUUACGCUACAGAGACCACCUCGAAAGCCUCCACACCAUCCUUUCCAUUUGAUGAAAUCGAUGGGCCGGGUGGGGAUGGAGGUGGGAGAUUGGCAUCUAGCGGAGAAUCCUUGCUGCCUCGUCUUUGGGUCUCCUCUCUGAACCAGUUAAUGGAGUUGAUGUCUACUGUCCGCCCUUCUGUUGGAGGAGGGGGGGAGGGGUCAUCGACUGGCAUAAAGAGGGGGGUGCUGACUCCUCAACCUCGUCAUUGGCAUCUUCCCUCUUGCCUCCAUAGACUCUGUAUCCCCCGGCAGAACCUCCCAUCCCCAUUACCACCAUCCCUUUCAUCCCUCCCCACAUCUCGUCGGCAUCCUACUAGUAACACAAAUGCUUCUUCCACCAAUCCACUUGAAGAACAUUCGUCUUUCAUGCCCAGUUGUACCAGCCACUAUCACUGCCAAACGGAUGCGAUAGCGGCUCCCCCACCGGGAUCGCGUCACUUACCGGUGAAUACAACGGAGCAGUCCUAUUCCACCUCCCAACAUCGAGUUCAACAACAGCAACGACACCAGUUGAGCACGGCAUCGUUAUCCAGUUUCCAAAGUAAUCGCCGUUCUGUAGUUGACUUACCAACGUCGUCGGAAUGUCUUGAUGUUGGACAGGGUAGCUGCACCAACCCUCCAAUCAGUAGUCGAUCAACCACGUGCUUAGCCGCAGCAGCAGCUAGUGCAGCUUCUUCCCGUCUCUCACCUCCUCUCACGCUCGUUCCCUUCGGCAAAUUCUCUACAGGAAGCUCUGGCAUCUCUGGACGACGCAAUCGGCGCAAUGUUUUGUCACUUUUUGGAGGGAAGACAAAUGCCUUCUCAACAGAGCCACAGCAACAGCACAAUAACAUACAUGCCUCCACAUCAGUGAACGUGACCACAAGCAGCGGUGGAGCCUCGUUUCCCUCCACUCCGGUUCACGAGCCUUCCACUACCAGCGCCAUCGCCGCCCCAGUUAUGCUAGCCUUCGGUCAUUUCAAGGCCAAAUCUGCCACUCCACCUCUGCAAAACGCCGCGUCCUCUCCUCGCUCCUCUUCUAUCACCAACACCUCCAAUAGCAGUGGAUGA